AACACUUUGUUGAAAGGCGGUAAUGCAAUAGAUGCGUCGAUCGCCUCGAUGUUUUGCUUGGGUGUAACAAAUCCACAGAGUAGCGGCAUUGGCGGUGGCUUCAUCAUGACGCUUUAUAACAGGCUGGCUUUUCUUUGCAGUUGUUUAGACACUGGUAUGCGCCAAAAACACAUGGCUUCCAGGAGCAUGGAGCGGUGCAUUGUUAUCGAUGCUCGAGAGACAGCACCCGCAAAAGCUCAUCGGGAUAUGUUUGUAAAGGACGAAUUCGGCUCGAAAUAUGGAUUCCGAGCUAUUGCAACUCCAGGUGAAAUUUCGGGCUAUUGGCUUGCGUUUCGAAAAUAUGGAAGCGGAAAUGUUUCCUGGUAUGAUCUGGUAAAGCCAUCCAUUGAUUUGUGUCGUGAUGGUAUCCCUGUAUCCGAAUAUCUCGCAUAUGUGCUCAGCGUCAAGGAGAAGCAUUUCAGAACAUUGCCCUCCAUGCAGUGA